AGCGAAUCGGAGCUUCCCACAUAGAAGGAAGUUGGUGAGAGUUGUCUUUCUUGGGGCAGAUGUCGCGCACACAAUCAACUUCCUGAAGAAAAAGCCGGCGUUAGACUUAGAAACGUGGAAACAGAAACCACCCAAAUUUUCAAUGAAAACCGGGGUGCGAGUAAUGCUGGCACACCUCCAGCGUCAACUGAGGUGCAAGGAGUCACGCUGGCUUCUACUUUCAGUUUUGUUUUGUCUCAACUUAAGCGUAACACAUGCAAUCGGUGACGUCUUUUGGGCUGUGAAUUGUGGAGGAGAAGCCCACACCGAUGUUCAUGGCAUUCGGUAUCAAAAAGAUCCCGCUCAGGUGGGCAUUGCUUCAGACUAUGGGAAAACUUUAAUGAUCGACAGAGUAGUACCACAAGAUCAGAUCCUCUACCAAACAGAGCGGUAUCAUAUGUCCACCUUUGGAUACGAGAUUCCCAUCAAAGAAGAUGGUGAUUAUGUUCUAGUGCUGAAAUUCUGUGAGGUUUGGUUCACAUCUCCAAAUAAAAAGGUAUUUGAUGUGACAUUGAAUGGAGAACACACCGUUGUUGAAAAUUUGGACAUCUACAACAAAGUGGGCAGAGGAGUAGCUCAUGAUGAAAUCAUUCCUUUUUCUGUUAGAAAUGGAAAAUUAAAAGUCAACGGUGAAACCUCCAAGAUAAAUGGAAAAGUCUCUGUAGAGUUUAUUAAGGGUGAAUAUGACAACCCAAAAAUCAAUGCAAUGUAUGCCAUGAAGGGCACAGUCGAAGAUGUACCCAGCCUAGCCCCCCUCCCCGGGGCCCACAGAGAGCAGGAGGAGGAGGAAGAAGAGGAGGAAAUCAACGAGUCGAAGCCGACAAAAUCCCGCCGCCCCUCCGGACCCAAAGUGGUAGACCCCUACUCUGAGGACGACACCAGCACCAUCCUACUGCCGGUGUUUGUUGCCGUGGGAGCAUUCUUCCCACUUCUGUUUUGUUUGUGUAAACUUUGAUCAAAUCUAGUUCUUUUAGGUCAUUUAAUCUUUAUUUAGUCAUUUUACAAGGUUUUUAUCAAGAAAAAAAUUAAAUAAAACAAGGUUAUUUACUAAUUUAUCCUCAAAACUCUUCUUUUUUUUUUAGCAUUUACUUAAAAAGAAAAAUGAAGGUAAAUUUAGGGAGGUUUACCACACCUGGAAAAGGUUAACGAGAUGUAUAUAGAUGUAUAAAGUGUGAAAUAGAGCAAACUUCAAACUUUUGAUAUUUUAUUUAUCACUUUGAAAAACAUGCUCAUGCAUGCAUAGUUUAAUGAAAAAUAUUGAGCAUUAAUUUUUUUUCCAUCAGGUAUGAUAAAUAUUUAAUUACUUUGGAAGAAUUGUCAUUUAAAAAAUGGUCCCAUGUUAUCAUAAUAUAUCAGCUCAAACCACUGUAUACAUUUCUGCCAUGAUCAUAUUACCAUACAUCUCAGGUUCUAACAUUACACCAGUCUCACUCUGCCAUACAACAUAGAGGGAUUGCCAUUUGUUUUACUGUUUACUCUUACUAGUAUCGUGUGAUGUAGCAUAAUUUAGUAUAUUUAAAGUGAACAUUAACAACAACAACUAUAUACAUUCAUUAUUACUAUAUUGAUCUAUUUGAUUUUUUGACUGGUUCAGUUUAUAUGAUAUUUAUGAAUACAUGUGUAUCGGUACUUUUAGUCACAACUUAAUUAACUAGGCUAGAUGCUAACCACAUCAAAGGAGAACAAUUAUUUGUUCAUUGUAAUGAAGUGUUUCUGUAAUUUCGACCAUUACCUAACAAAGGAUAUGGAUAAAAUUCAUAAAAAUAAAUUUAAAGCCAAUUUUAGGUAUAGCAUAUAAAAAUUUGGGACAGUGUGUAUGGGUCUGCAACAUUAUAUAAAUUGGCUGUAGAGUUAUCUCUCUUUGCUUGAUUUUUUGUGUGGAGAAGUUAGAUAACCACUAUCUUUUUUAAUGAAAUAGAAUGACAUGAAUUGUGUUUGGUCCAAAAAAAAAUCAUGAUAAAAUUGAAGCAAAUGAGAUCAAAAUGUGAGGUUUGUGAAUGAGCAUUUACUGUUAACAGUAAAUAUACAUUUAUCUCAAUUGUUUCAUUUAUACUGUUGUUACAUAAUUUCUCAUCAAAUAGUAUACUAGUAUGUCUAGUAGAAUCAUUCCAAAUGUAUUUUGCAUAGUGAGCACCGGUAUGCGCUAAUCAACCCAGUUGAAGAGGUUUAGCAUUUCAGUUUAUAAGGUUGAUAGUUCUAUCACUAUGUCUCUGAAACGUUCUUUAUUUGUCUUAGUAUGAAAGGUUGAUUGUAAUUGUUGACAUGUUUGUAUUUGUAGAAUUGUUGUCUGUUUUGCAACACUUCGUAAACAGCAAUUUUAUCCUGUGAUUUUUUCCUUGUAAGUACAUGUAUUUGUAAAGAAGUUUUUCUUCAUCUUGAAAAUGUUUAAUUUUUUUAUGGAAAGAAUAGAAAUAUUUUAUGGCAAAUAUAGAAGACGUCAAAAAGUGACCUUGAGGAGAGAUACUGUAUACAGGGAAAUUUUCACCCCCGUUUUAUUUUCACCCGAUUCACCCUUGUCAAUUUGGGCCAAUUUAAAAUGAAAGAACACUGAAUAAUUUCUUAAACAGAACUGUGAUUGGGUGGAUUUAAAACUGGGCGAGUGUGAAAGGGCGAAAUUAACACACGUCGAAAAUAACCCUGUAUAUAGUAACCCUGACAUUUUUGCAAGGACAGUCUUUUGAUGGAAUUUACUGUGAGUCAUUGCUUAGCUAAAUAUAUUUCAAUGAAUUUUCAAUGAUUUUUUAUUAUAAUUGUACCCUGGAAUGUGUCUGUUAGUUUGGUUGUAUCAAGUGUUGGUGUGAUUUUAGAAUGAUUUAAGUGUGUUUGCCAUAUUGAAAAUGCCCCUGAUAGAAAAACAGAGUAUUUUCUCCAAGUAUGUUGUAUAAUGAAGUUUUGUUUAUUGAUAUAGACAUCUUUUACUGGAACUGAACAACCUCAAGUAUGUGUUCAGGUCAGAGAGAAUGAAUAAUAGGAUGAAAGAUAUGACAUAUUAACAAAAUUAACAAAUUAUUAGUUUAAACCAGCUUUAUUAUCUUUGUUAUUGUUAGCUGGGUAUUAGUUUGAUGAGAAUUUUUAUCCCUCAGGUCCUUAGAGCAAAUGACAAGACCAAAGAAAUACGAAGUCUUGAUUAUUUAAUCUUUGCCAAAGCAUCGGAAAUUCUCCAUUUCAAUAAGAUUACAACUGAUUGCAAGGAAAUGUGCAAUAAUCUUUAUUCCAUGAACUGUCGUUUUCUCUCAUUUUGUGAAUCACCGAGUCACACCUGUAACAUCUGUUUUUCAGAAGUCAUCAUAUCUGAAAUAUUUUUCAGAAAUAACAUCUAAUUAUUUUCAUAUUAUUUUUUUUUUCAAUCUUAAAUAAGAUGUCAUUUAAAGGUAUGUUUCAAUUAGGUACUUAAUUUUCAUAUUCAUUAUUAUUGUGAUUUCUUCAUAGAAAGAUCUUCAAAGGGAUGUUUUUAUUGUAAACACAUGUAAUUUAUUGAGUUUCAUUGGCAAAGUAUGCAUUUGGCCAACCUAAAUGAUAAAUUUAAACUUAUCCUUUCUUUAAUUUUGGGGAAUUUUGCUACCUGACAGCACUGAGCUCAUGCUAAUCUUUUCUCAUAACCUUGUGCUUGUACUGUGCUUAUAAUUAAAAAGCAAAAAAUAAAAACAAACAAUUUUUCCUUAAAUCCAUGAAGGACUCAACAAUUACAUGUAAAUUGUUUUUAUCUUCAUCAAGAUAUUUUUAUUGCCAUUUAAAAGUUAAAACCAAUAGUUUGGCAUCUGAAAUUAAUUGUUUAUCAAGACCAUUGCUUUGUGUAUUUUGUGUAACUCAAAAAUCAAGAAGUACAUGUCUGUUCAUUUAGUGUUCUCAGUUUAUUUGUGGGGGGACUUCAAUUUAUGUUGUUUUAAAAGUGAAUAUAAGAGGCCUGAGGGAUAUUAAUGAAUAUGUUGUUUUUAGUGAUUAAGUGGUCCACAUUUUGAUGAAAUUAUUGAUAUUGUGCAAUCUAUGCUACUAUGUAGAGAAUAUUAAUACAAAGUUUAAUAUAUUCAUCAAGUUGUGUGUUUGUAUGUAUGUACUAUCUUAAAAUGUAGCUUUGCUAUUAUCCUUAAAGUUUUAAAAUUAAAGGAACA